AUUCACUUUACAAUCAUCACACACAUGGGAGCCAUGAACGGGUAUUAUAUAUGCGUUAAUCAUGGCGUUAUCGUAGACUACUGCUUGCCGAUAUGAAUUUACAUCGUGCAGAUAAAUGCGCGAGUGUAACGUCCAAUGCCGUUGUGGGCAGAAGUACUCCAUUAGAAACUAGUAAUGCCAAUACACAUCUCGUAGAUAAUACAUAUGCUUCUAUAAGCAACAUCGUUCGUUUAUAUGGCAUAGAUCUGAACGGACUGGACCAUGUCUACCAACGUAGUAAAAUUGAAUUUGCUCAUACCCUAAUUAAUCGCUUCCACACUCGCGAUAGGCUAAAGGAAAUUGUUAUACGUACUCAGAAUGAACAUGUACCGAAGGAAGAUGGCGCUACCUUGUCAUGUGUUGUCAGUAACACUAACAAACGUUACGCAUCAUAUCACUUGGAAUCCCUUACUAGGAAGCCGCUUGAUGUCUUCAGUAACGAAUUUGUACAUCGCUUUGUAAAGGACUAUCCCACGCUGGAAUGUGUAUCAGAUACACAACCCGAGCAAUGCGAUGACAUAACAUUGGUGUCUAGUACUCAGGAAACAAACAACGUAGUUUCAUUAACGGAUACCUCCCAUUCGGUAUUACCAUGUGACCAUCAACAGGAUAGUAUCCUGGGUAGAUAUGACAACCAAGGUGAUCUAUUUAGUACGUUUAACGAAAACCCUAUAGAAGACAGUGCAACAUACUUUGACGGUAGCCUGGACCAAUCAGAUCCAAACCACGAUUCACUUAGUGAUAAGGAAGCAUGUGUCCCGGAAAAACACUUUAACCUUGUUACUAAGGUGGCCCAUACACAACACAAGCGAUUUAAUAAUAAGCGUAAACGGCGUAGCGUUAAUGAGGUUUCCACACCAGAUGUGAAGUCGCCAUCGUAUGUAAGGCCCAUCCUCAUCAUUACGGAUGCAACUGAGGACAAUGGUGGCACUAUACAAGCUGAAAUCCAGCAUCAAGACCACCUAAAUAAUGACUUAAUUCUAGGCAAUAUACCUGAUAGUGCAACAUGUACCUACCCUGAGGAAAGUGAUACAGUACAUCCUAAGGAACUAUCUGUUGAUCAACUUUUGGAUAGCCUGGGGUCUGACGUCCAACUUUCGUAUGUAACUGCGCACAAUGUAUCGUUAGAACAUCAGUCUACUCAAUGUCAACGAGUGGAUAUCGCAAUGAGAAAUGUCUCCGAUGAAAAUGAAUCACAGCCUUUUGCGUCAUCCGAUGCCCUUGGAAACCAUAUACAACUUGAAGAUGGUGCUCCCUUCAACGAACAACACGCCGAAGCUGAUAGAUAUUCAAAUAUGGGAAUCGGGAUCAUUGACAAACUUGAAUGCACUCUAAACGACUAUAACAAAACGGAACAGGAUUGUGCGACUACGGUAGAUAAUGAUGCUAUUCCAUCUGUUUUAGGGGCAGACAGUACCUCUGACCGGGAAUCAUUGGUAGAGUUCCAUGAUGAUGCUAUAUGCAGACCACCUGUGGAAGUUGAUAAGGAUAUUGCUGUUAACGAUGCAAUAGGAGAUAACCAUCCUCCUGAGAGUAGCCAUUCAUUGUUUUUCAAAGAUGUCAUAGACCCCUAUGGACCUGUUACUAAGGAUACAUCAAUUGAACUUAUAGAUAACCACACCAAUGCCGACAACGAAGUGGUUCUUACGGAUAAUGACGAUACAAAUAUAGCUUCUUGCGUAGUUGUAGGUAUUGAUACCAUUUCCGAGCAAACUACAAGCCCAAUGGUUGAACCAGAUCCAAUAUCAGUUGGCGAAAGCAACGAUGGUACAGUAGGUGAUACUGCCUUAUAUGAGCCAGAAAUAGCAUCGCAUGAUGAUGACGGCUUGAUUGAUGAUCAGUCAUCUAAAGAGCAUGACCUUAGCCAUGAAUCCAUUGAAGCACAAGAUGGUUCUAUAGGCACCGUUGAAGAGAGUAUUCAACAUGAGGAAUCCGGUUUUUUAGAUGUACCUGGAACUUCAUAUACAGAGAUGUCAUCUGUCGAUGCUAGCAUAGAAGACUCUGAAGUAACGGAUAGAAGUGCGCCAUCUGUGUCGUAUGACCAUACUGUGAUAUGUCCUAAAGCGCCAGAAAAUGAUGAACAGAGUACAGCCAACUUAGUGCCACAUUUGUCGUCCGAGGUUAAAGAACUGAGCCCGGAAACAAUUCUGCAAAGAACAGAGGAUGGUACCCCUGCCACUGCAUCCAUGGCUGAACAUGAUACUAGUUUCCCAGUAUGUUACAGCACCAAUGAAGCAUGUGAACCAUGUAUGUCAGAUACUUUGCAAAAAACUACAAAUCAAUGCGUUGUUAAUCCUGGCGACAACAACGAGCAUCUUGAUGUCAUCCUAAAUAGCGAGGCCAUGCAAACAGAAGAUAUACAACCUGACAUUUUCAUGAAUACAACAGGCGAAAAAGUGGAACUAGACAACUUAUGUGCCAAUGAUCUACAAGGACGAGAUGAGCACUACAUAAUCCAUAACACAAACAGUGCUAGCAUUGAUCAGGAUGAAUCUGGCGAUAUGGAGACGACUUCAAGUGCCAACGAUUGUACUGAAACUACAACGGAGGCAUUAACAGCGGAUGAACCUCCUAGCGAUGCUUUGAACCUCACAGUUGCUUUUGAUGGGCAGGCUGUCGACCCUGGUUCUACCGAUUCAUUAGGCGAAACUUGUUAUACCGAACCAGAUGAUUUGGAAACUUCUUGCAUUGGCGUUGAUAAAAGGAUAACUAGUUACCCAAUACAUGGGUCACCUGAAGAUGCAGGAGAUGGUCCCGAAUAUGGCCAAGUACCCACCCCGGAUGACUGUUGCAAUGAGGCCCAAGGCACUUCAAUAACUGAACAAAAGGUUAUAUGUGCCACUAAAGACGUUGGAACACUGGGAACUAAUGCAGUGGAUAAUGAUGUUUAUAUCGACAUUGCGCCUGAUAUUGCGGAUCCAGGUGAACAGACAACAGACGUAGAACUCGAACCGGGUAUUAGUGUAAAAUCAUAUGCUUUAAAGAAGGCACGUGUUGUGACGGUUGAUGCCCAGGAGCGUUCGCUGCCGGUUGGGCCUAUGAAAGAUGCUUUACCAACAGUUUUUAAUCCAGACAUUGUAAAUGUGAUAUCUAAUGUAGAGGCAUACAGGUGCAAUAGGCAACGUCCGGAGCAACUGUUAGACAAACUUUGCGUAGAACAGUUUGGUAAUAUCACGGAUGUAAUCUUGGAUACCAUGUUGAUGUAUCGUGAGUCCAUGGAUGAACCGGAUAUGCAUCUAGGUUUCGUUCUAACCUUAUAUUUAAAAAAGUGCGAUCUAAAUCAUAAACGGGAGUUAUUCCUUCAGUUAACUACCAGGUUACUCAAAGCCGUUUCAGAUACUACUUGCCAUGCUGACGUUAGUGUGCUCAAAAUGCUACUUGAUGAGAUAUCCAUACUGAUAAGCAAGGAGUUUUCUUUGGAUGAAGUAUUGAGUUUGGUGGAUGCUGCUAUAGGUUUAGCGUUUAGGAUACGUGGUCACCUAGAGGAUAUUGGGAUCUCUAUAAGCAGGUGCUUAUCAGCUUCUGUCUACAGAUGUCAUACCAUGGAAGAAUAUAACUCCAUAAUUGCCAUGGUGAUUAAAAGAAUAAAUGCCGACGCAUUGCUAACAUGGCCUGUAUCAUCUUUGUUAUUAUGUAUUUUCGAGCAGAUGUUGUCGAAUUAUAGUGUCAAAAACCCGUUUCAUGAAUGCCGCACGGCAAUACACUCUGUUUUGUCGGUAUCAAUAUCACAUAAUUUUGGAUUCACGAGGUCACUUGUGAAUGCGUUUAUGGAUGCUGUCAAUAAUAUCACAGCUCAUGUUUGUUUAAGGUUCAUUGUUCAACUAUUAAUGCAGUACAUGGGUGACGCCGAAUGGAGCAUCACGGUCAAGCGUCGUUGUUUAAAGAUUAUACAAACCGUUGCUACUACUAUCUUCGAUGUUUAUAAUGUGGUAUAUACCGAAUGUGGGUACCUCCAAGAGUAUAUAAAUUGCUUCAAGAUGAAUAACGAUGGCAUGUUCAACAUUGGAAUUUUUGACAUCAGUUCCAUGGAAGGUUGCAUGGAUGGUGAGUUUACACCUCCCAAGGGACGUAUUGACAGUGAUUCCAUACGCCAGGCUGCAAGGCAAUACAUGGUUCAUCUAGGAUCUGAUUUGUUACAUAAUGCUAAUAUCCGUGACUUGGUAUUACUCCUCACGUUGAAGCACGUGGCUAAUCUUCGAUUUACGGGCUACAGCAUGAGAACGGUGCAUAAAAAGAGACAUAUGAACGCGGACGAAAUAUCGGAGAGUGUGUUUUCCAAUGCCAAAAAGUACAUAAAAUCAAAAGGUACUAAAUACAACGCAUCUAAGAAGGCAUGUAAGGGCGCUGACGCAGCUAUACCAUUAUCCCUUAGGUUUCCGAAGAACAAAUCACGAGAUUUGGGUCUAAAGGAGAUGAGUUGUACGGAUAGUGCCUUGGGUGAUAUGGACGAUGUGGAUGACCUUGUUGACGACUCUCCACAGAGUAACGAUACUAGCAUGUCUUGGUGUUAUAAUCCCGAUGUUAUCUCGGAUGAUAUAAUGAUGCAUUACGGAAGGAUUACGUGGCGGUUGUUUAUGGCUACGUUGGGGCGUAACAAUGACGACAGGAUAGAUCCAGAUAUUUCCCAAUAUAUGCUGCUGCCUAUAAAUAGGCUAAUCCAUCAACAAGAUAAUCACGUUAGUGCAUCAUGCUUUCAUUUAGUACUGUAUCAUAUUUAUUAUGAUACAUUUUUGGCCAUAUGGAAGCUCAUGUCUAACGUUAUAUAUACAUCUAAUGACUAUUGUCAACUUACUUCCGCGAGUGCUUUUAUACGUUCAACCGUCAAAAGGCAUAACGAUUAUAUGAGCUAUCGGGUUGUCAGGAGAUUAUUGAUAGCGUGUAUGGGAGAUCAAUGUUAUAUCGUUCGCCUUUCAGCGGCAAGGUUAUUAGCUGAUGUAUUCAAUAGCUUUACACCAGAGGACAUUGGCGGGGAUCAGCUCUUGUCGAAGGUAUUCCUAUCACUUAGGGAUGUUAACUGGAAAGUUCGUCUAGAAUCGAUUAAGGCAAUUCUGAAUUACAUACGUCGCCGUGGCAUUGAUAUGAGUUCAAUGGCAGCUGUAUCUGCAGUUGCUGAAAGGAGCUGCGAUUUGGAAAAGGAACACCCACAAGUAAGAGAUGCUCUGUUGAAUAUCUUGAGCUAUAGCAUAUUUUCCAAGGAGCAUCCAUUUAUAAAUGAAACGGGUAGCAUGUCCGUGGGUGCCAUUGAGAUAGCGGAACGUUAUAUAAAGAUCGUGCUGUACAAAAUCAGUUUGUCCAAGGCACACGAUAACUUUAUAGAAAAGUUAUUAUUGCAUUUCAAAAGCAAUUAUAAGUCGAUAGAAGCUUGUACCGAUGCAAUAUCAAAAGAGGGUUUGCAAACACUUGCUGAUACGCAGGCGAAAUGCGCCAUUGAGAAAUGGAUGUCUGUAUUAAUGAAUUUGUUCCUACUACGCAGGAAUGAAGGUGCAUCGGUACAUGUUCUUGCUGAAAUUUUAUGUGUUCUACAGCUGUUUGGUCAAACGGAUCCAAAGGCAUUUGCAUCACACGUUACUUACUUUUUACCUUAUUUGAGCUGUGAUGUUGAUGAGCACAUUGAUUCUUCAAGGAUCGAUCUCAUUGUAUUGAUAUGCAACUUAGUUUCUAUAGCAGCUGCGCAAACGACUAUUCCGCGCAGGGUUGAGGCAGAUGCACUCAUGUUGGUUUCAUUCGACUCACCUGCACUUACAAGGGCUGCAAUACAACUACUGGUCAAACUGGGUAAGUGCUCCCAACAAAUAGAGUCUAUAUUUCGGGAGUCGUAUGAAUACCUCGAUCAAUUGCGUCAUUUAGUUUCUUCGGAAUCAAGGAAUCCCGCGGAUGUUGUUAACCUAAUGUCUUACAAUGUAUUAUUGCGAAGUGCAUGGAAACUAGGGUGUAUUGCUGAGUUUGCGAAUUUAUCAGAUAUAUUCCAUGAGAAUAGCUCUAUAACACAGGAUCUAUUUGAUUUGCUUCUUACUUUAUCGGAUACAUUCUAUGAUGCAGGACUCUAUAACGUUGCUGGGAUGUUGGUCCAAUCAGUGGCUCGGAUGCUUAUUAAUAUAAAGAAUGUACUUUCCCUCAGCAUCAAAGGAAUACGCUCUUUAUUGCGGAUGUUUGAUCAAUCGUCCAUGGUUACCAGUAUAAUGAUGGUACUGUACCAGCUACUGAAUGUAUACACCAGGCUAGUUAAAGGCACGGAUCUGGACAUUGGAGAUCAUGAUAAGGCCGAUAUAAACAAAUGUAGUAAUGAAAUAGAUGCUUGCCUGAGCAUUUUUAUUGACGCUUUUGUUGAAAAGAUCAUUAUCGCAUCCUGCUCAAUAAACAAUGCUAAUUUGGUGAUGAGUCUGGAAAUAUGUAACAUGAUAGUCAUCAACAGGCUUACUAAUCCUGAGCCUUUACAGGGUUUUUUGUUCUCGAAUGUCAUAUCUAGGGAUGCUAAUACACAAAGACUUGCGGAGCAGGUAUUAAAAACACUUGCUCGUAAUGAUACCGAAAUAUUUCUUGCCAAACUUGCUUCAUCACUCAAAGGUUUACUAUUUUCUGUUGUCAUUGAAUCAUUCUCACAUUGUAUGAGAUGUCCACCACUACACGAAGGACGCGGCACUCACUGCAACUGUUCAAUGGAAGAUAGAACCACUGCAAGCAAGAACCCCGAUAGCUUAGUUCCUAAAGACGAAUUUAUUCUAGGUUAUGGAUCCGAAUUAACAACUUCACGGAUACGUGGACUUGUUCGUUUGUUCCUGGAAGCUGUCACUUCUACUAAACAUGUUAAAAAAGUGUUAGCAACAAUAGUUGCACUGCUGUGUAGUUCAAUCACACAGGAUUUUCGUGAUGAUAUUGAAGCUGCCUUAGGCAAUUAUAGAAUUUGUCCUGAUAAACUAAGGGAUAUAACAGUUGACGGCAACUUAAAACUACAACGGCUUUUAAAUAAAUACCUAAACCGAGCAUGCAAAAAGGAGCUUAAUGCUAUCUCCUACUAUUUUGUUUUACUGUUCAUAGACAUGAUGGCAUCUAUAUUGGACCAUUUAACAUUUCGAGAAUCAAGUGUGGCUCGCUUUUUGCAAAAUCGAAUAGGUAGUGUCUUGAAGAAUGCAGACAGCGCGGUACCUGAAGACAUCCGACGGUACCGAGAUUCACGGCUUAAUUCAUUGUAUACGCGCAUGAAACAAUUAUGUGCUUAAGAUAUUUUUAGUAUAUAAAUACGUUAGUGAACGCUAGUAUAAUUACCUCUA